GCGUCGGGCACAGCGCGUGCAGCCUCGUGCAGCUCUUCUGGUCUCCGGCGCCCGCCCCUCAGACGUAAUGUAAUAUAUAUUAGUGUGUAUAUAUGUGUGUGUGUGUGCGUAUAUUUUACUUUUUAAUCUCUUUGUCUGUCAGCUUCCCCCUACUUUUAAGUUUCUUAAGGUCUUAGUGGUAAAACAUUUGCGGUAAAAAUGUAUACCCACUUACUUGUCAACAGAGGUUCUUGAGAUGGGGUUGAAUUAAAGAAAAUACUUUAUCAGAAGAAGAUGGCCACUGCCCAGUUGCAGAGGACUCCCAUGAGUGCACUGGUAUUUCCCAAUAAGAUAUCAACUGAACACCAGUCUUUGGUGUUAGUGAAGAGGCUUCUAGCAGUUUCAGUAUCCUGUAUCACGUAUUUGAGGGGAAUAUUCCCAGAAUGCGCUUAUGGAACAAGAUAUCUAGAUGAUCUUUGUGUCAAAAUACUGAGAGAAGAUAAAAAUUGCCCAGGAUCUACACAGUUAGUGAAAUGGAUGCUAGGAUGUUAUGAUGCUUUACAGAAAAAAUAUGUAUACACAAACCCAGAAGAUCCUCAGACAAUUUCAGAAUGUUACCAAUUCAAAUUCAAAUACACCAAUAAUGGACCACUCAUGGACUUCAUAAGUAAAAACCGAAGCAACGAAUCUAGCAUGUCGUCUACUGACACCAAGAAAGCAAGCAUUCUCCUCAUUCGCAAGAUUUAUAUCCUAAUGCAAAAUCUGGGGCCUUUACCUAAUGAUGUUUGUUUGACCAUGAAACUUUUUUACUAUGAUGAAGUUACACCCCCAGAUUACCAGCCUCCUGGUUUUAAGGAUGGUGAUUGUGAAGGAGUUAUAUUUGAAGGGGAACCUAUGUAUUUAAAUGUGGGAGAAGUCUCAACACCUUUUCACAUCUUCAAAGUAAAAGUGACCACUGAGAGAGAACGAAUGGAAAAUAUUGAUUCAACUAUACUAUCACCAAAACAAAUAAAAACACCAUUUCAAAAAAUCCUGAGGGACAAAGAUGUAGAAGAUGAACAGGAGCAUUAUACAAGUGAUGAUUUGGACAUUGAAACUAAAAUGGAAGAACAGGAAAAAAACCCUGCAUCUUCUGAACUUGAAGAACCAAGUUUAGUUUGUGAGGAAGAUGAAAUUAUGAGGUCUAAAGAAAGUCCAGAUCUUUCUAUUUCUCAUUCUCAGGUUGAGCAGUUAGUCAAUAAAACAUCUGAACUUGGUAUGUCUGAAAGCAAAACAAGAAGUGGAAAAGUCUUUCAGAAUAAAAUGGCAAAUGGAAAUCAACCAGUAAAAUCUUCCAAAGAAAAUCGGAAGAGAAGUCAACAUGAAUCUGGGAGAAUAGUCCUCCAUCACUUUGAUUCUCCUAGUCAAGAGUCAGUGCCAAAAAGGAGAAAGUUUAGUGAACCAAAGGAACAUAUAUAAAAAUUAUUUUUGUUCUGCAGGCUUGCAGAGUUCUUCUCAACAUUUAAACUGAAGGACCCUAUAUUAUAUUUCCCUAACUCUGAAGAUGUAUAUAUAGUUUAAAGCAGUUUGUACACUAAAACUAAGUUUUUGGCUGACUGUCAUAUUGUGGUCCUUAAUCUUGAGAUAAAUCCAAUAGAACUUUUGAAUAAAAGCAAAAGUACAAAUGUCAUAA